AUGUCAGUGGAACGUGAAACGUUGGACGAUCAAGAACUGACCGAUGGCUCUGAUGUGGGAGUUUUGAUUAAAGGAAAAGUCUACCCUUACAUUGAAAAAAAUCCUUUGGAUGAAAUAUCGUUCGCUGGUUUCUGUCUUGGUGGAUUUGUGGGCACUGCUUUGGCUUUAACACCUUACUCUCGUGUCAUCAAUAUCAACAUUUACCUAAUUGCGGUUGGUAUGUUCCAUUUUUUGGAAUUCUAUGUUACGGCCAGAUUCAACCCUGGGAAAGUGACCAAAGAUUCUUACUUGUUCAAUAACGGCAAGUCAUAUUUGUUGUCUCAUGCAUUGGCGAUUUUUGAGGCAGUAACCGAGUCCUUUUUCUUUCCACGCUGGAAAUCUAGCUUUUACUCCAAGACCAAUAUUUGGGUUUCCGCACUGGGGUUGGCAUUACUGGUUUCCGGCCAAUGUGUGAGAACUGCAGCAAUGGUAACAGCAGGGAAAUCAUUUUCACAUCAAAUCAAAACAAGUCAAAAUUCUGACCAUGCUCUGGUUACUGCUGGAAUUUACGGCAAGUUGCGUCAUCCAAGCUACUUUGGGUACUUUUGGUGGGCUCUUGGAACGCAAUUGCUGUUACUUAAUCCGCUUACCUUCAUCAUCUUCGCAGCGGUACUGUGGAGGUUUUUUAAUAGCCGGAUACGUUACGAGGAAGUGUACCUACUUCAAUUUUUUGGAAAACAGUACGCCGAGUACUCCCGUAAAGUUGGCGUCGGCAUACCAUUCAUAUAA